AUGGACUUCGUGGCUGGCUGUAUCGGCGGUGCUGCUGGAGUUUUAGUUGGUCACCCAUUUGACACUGUGAAGGUCAGACUGCAGGUUCAAAAUGUUAAUAAGCCUAUGUACCGUGGCACCAUUCACUGCUUCCAAUCCAUCAUACGCCAAGAGUCGCUGUUUGGAUUGUACAAAGGCAUCGGUUCCCCCAUGAUGGGCCUCACCUUCAUCAACGCCAUCGUAUUUGGCGUACAAGGCAAUGCCAUGCGGAGGCUGGGCCAGGACACGCCCACCAACCAGUUUUUGGCGGGUGCGGCAGCAGGCGCCAUACAGUGUGUCAUCUGUUGCCCCAUGGAGCUGGCCAAGACACGCAUGCAGAUGCAGGGCACAGGCGAGAAGAAGUCCUCUCGAAAGAUGUACAAGAACUCCAUCGACUGCCUUGUUCGGAUCUACCGCCGCGAGGGUAUGUGGGGCAUCAACAGGGGCAUGGUGACCACCUUGCUCCGUGAGACGCCUGCUUUCGGCUUCUACUUCCUGGUGUACGACGUGCUGACGCGCCAGCUGGGCUGCGAGCCCGAAGACCGCUACAUGAUCCCUAAGCUGCUGUUCGCUGGCGGAAUGGCGGGCAUUGCUUCAUGGCUUUCUACUUAUCCAGUGGAUGUGAUCAAAUCCAGGCUGCAGGCGGACGGUGUCGGCGGCGUCCAUCAGUACAGCGGCAUCGCCGACUGCGUACGGCAAAGUGUGCGCAAGGAGGGCUACAUGGUGUUCACGCGAGGGCUUACUUCCACGCUGUUGCGCGCUUUCCCCGUCAAUGCUGCCACUUUCGCCACUGUUACGCUGGUGCUCAUGUACGCUCGUGGGCCCGUGCAGGGCGUCGAGGACUGCGAGACAGCGCCCAAGGCCGCCAGCCGCCACUCUCAGGGUCAAGCUCAGGCCCAAACCCAAACCUCUGGCCUAUGA